AAAAGGAAGAGGAGGGGGGAUGAGAGAGAGGAAAGGCAACGCGGUAACAAGGAGCAAGUGAGGAUAGACGAACGGAAGCGAAGGGAGGUCAGAGGAUCGGGCUGACUAUGCGCAGGGUGGCCCGGCGUCAGGAAAAGGGCGGAUGAUGUGGAGAGCGAGGAGACUAUCGGCAGGCGAAAAACCGCUGUUUAAAUCAAGCAGCAGCUUUAUCAAAGAGGAUUCCAGUUUACGGGCAUGGGAGAGAGAAAAAACGUGAUAUGCUGCUCGAACAGUUACAAGAAACAAGAAACUUCUCGUAUAAGUAUAUGGAAAAAUAAGAAGAUGGCGCUAUUUUAUCUAUGGCUCUCAGGAGCAUUAGUGAUGGUAAUGACAAACGCAAUGCUAUGGGACGAAGACAACGGAGAAAUCUGUGGCCCUGUGGAAGUAACUGCUAAUGCGACAAGGCUCCAAGAUUUCCGACAUUGCAGAAUUAUUGAAGGGCAUCUUCGCAUCCAACUGACUGGAGAUAACAACGAGACAUGGAAUGAUCUAAGUCUUCCAGAGCUAACACAGGUGACAGAUUACGUGAUGCUCUAUCGCUUGUCUCAUCUGUCUACCCUUGACACGAUUUUACCUCGGCUGGCCGUCAUCAGGGGAAACGUCCUCUUCCACGAGCAUGCUCUCGUUGUCUUCGGAAAUAUCCACUUACGCGAACUCGGCCUGAGUAAUUUGACAACAGUUCUUAAAGGUUCCGUUAGAAUUGAAAAGAACUGGAGUCUGUGUCCUGGGACCUCUGACCGCUGGGAAGGUGUGACCUCUGACCAGUUCAGUAACUUCAUCCAGGAUAACUAUGAGAUGUGCAUAUACGACCCAUGCGAAAGAACUGGAAACUGCACACACUUUACUUCAGCGCUAUACACCAACUGCCUAGAUUUCGGUGGAUGUCGUGAAGGUGAUCAGUGCCAUCCAGAGUGCGUAGGAGGUUGCUUCAUUCCCGGCAACGCGUCUGCUUGUGUGGCAUGCAAACACUAUCAGCAUGGGUCCACUUGUGUCCGUGCCUGUCCUGCUAAAUCGCCCCGAAAUGUGCACGAUCUACGCUACAAAUGUGUGGCAGCCAGCACUUGUGAAGCGAUGUCCGGAAUAGUCAGAAUCAUGAAGCUGCCAGACUCGGACAUUUCAGCGCCUGUUUGUAUACACUGUGACGGUAACUGCAGCAGGACGUGUAAGGGAGAAACAAUAACUAGCAGAAACACUGGCAGGAAUCUUCGUGGUUGCAGGAAGGUUAAUGGAAGCCUCAACAUUUCUGUUGCAGGAGGCUUGAACAUCACGCAACAACUUGAGGAAAAUCUCGGAGAGAUUGAAGAAGUAUCUGGUUACAUUCGAGUGUACGGUUCAGAUACCCUCUUUUCUCUCAAUUUCCUCAAGAAUCUGAGACACAUUCGUGGAGAAGAGAAAAUGCAUGGCUUGUACGCCCUGUACGUGCUGGAGAACGCCAAUCUGCAGGAGCUUUGGGACUGGCGGCAGAGGGCGGACGUCCUGUACAUCCACAGCGGAUCUCUGUUUUUCCAUUACAACCCAAGCCUUUGUCCCCUUCUCAUUCAAGAACUGGUUUCCAUGACCUCGGCAAAAAACCAAAAAUAUGCAAAUAUCUCCAACACAUCCAACGGAAACAGUAUCCCAUGUUUUGAAUCUGAGCUGCCUGUUCAGGCACAGGCAGGGGAAGACGUGGGUACGAUCAGUGUCAGAUGGCAACAUGAAUACCAUGGUAUCGACGACCGCUUUGUCAUUGGUUAUUACGUGUUCUAUAGAGAGACAGAUGAGAACGUUACGCUCUUCGGAGGACGUGACGCAUGUAACGACAAUGAGAUUUGGCGAAGAGACUUCUGGGAGUAUAACAAGACGCAAAGCAUGUCGGUUUUGAUAGAAGGACUGCGCCCGUACACGAGGUAUGCGCUGUAUGUUACUGCGUCCUAUACGGAUGCAGAAAAAAACGGCAAGCGGUCAAAGAUCAUUUAUAUCACCACUGCCCCUACAAAUUCGACGCCUGUCCGGGAGAUCCGCGUUGAGCACGCGACCUCCCAAAGCCUGGCACUCGCCUGGGAAGAACCCGCUACCCCCAAUGGAAUCAUUACAUUUUACGAAGUUAUUUAUGAAAAGAUAUCCACGCACACCUUCAGUCCAACCAUAUAUGCGCAUGUGUGCGACAAGGAUUUUGUCAGCUCAAUGUCUGGGUCCGGCGCUCAAAACAUCUUCUCGUCUGGAAACGAGGGCAACAUUACGAGUCCUUCCGUCUUGAGAGGAGCGAGUGAAGACGACGAGAGGAAGAAUGCUUGUUGCCAUUGCCAAGAUGGUUACGUUGUGUUAACAAAGGAGGACAGGCAACAUAACAUCGAGUUUGAGAACUACUUGAGACGAAAUAUUUACAUCAAAUAUGAUGACGACGAUGAAGGGAAUUCAUUUCCUCGAAGUAAUCGCCGAAGGCACCGAAGGGAAAUUGCAUUGGAUUCGGAGAAAGGAAGACGGCUUCAAGUCGUCCGCCCUGAGUCCUUUCCUGAAAGAAGGGGGAUUUUAUACCGAAGAACUACAAAUACGACCAGUCUAUUGCUGACAGAUCUCCAGUAUUUUACAAGAUACAAGAUAAAACUACGGUCGUGUCAAGGCAAUGAGUCAGAGCCAAGAUUUUGCAGUGAAUGGAAAGACUACGAAGCCAUAACAUCACCAGACCUUCAAAUGAAUAAUGUAACGAAGUUGGCGAUUUCCAUUGUGAAUGACCGUGGCCAAGCACAGGAAGAAGGAACGAGGAACUUUGUGCCAAAGGAAUACGAUGUUAGGCCUACCAAUGACGUUAAUUUCAGCCACGUACCCGAUUCGCCUUUCACCACCUUCAACAUCACCUUUGCCUUCACAACUAGUAAACCUCCAGUUACUGCAUCGUCCCCCCCCCUUCUCAGUCCCCUUGUCUUCGUCUGUAUCUGUAUCCACCAGCACCACGAACACUCUGUUGAUGACUUGGGUCCCACCUGAAGCACCAAACGGAGAACCUCUCGCUUACUUCAUAAAAUAUUCGUACAAGGACGCAUUGCAGGAAAAUAAAGAGAUUGUUAAAUGCCUCAGUGUGGAGGAGGCAAGGGCGAAGGGCUUCCAAUACGGAUUUAAAAGUCUGCAGCCUGGCAUCUACACAUUCUCCAUCAUGCUCAGAUCUGCAAGUGGCGAUGGCCUCUUC